UCAGCGCUCCGUCACUCAUUUGCUCUCACCAUGUGGCUGCUUAUUUUUAUAGGUCUCUUGACAGUCUCCGUUGGAGAAGAAACCAUUGCCAAUAUCGCGAAGAAAACGUCAUCGGACAAUGUCGAUGAUAUUGUCCUGCUGGAGAUCGAUAUCAAAGAUCCUGUUAAAAGGUCACCAGUUUCCGGUAGCACCAUUUACGAACCUCCAGUCAGCCAAUUUGUUGUUCGCCACGGUGAUGAAAGCAGAGAGCUGUCGCCCGAAUAUUUAGCUGUUUUGCAACAAUUUACCGGAAGUGAACCGCAGCCGUACACAAGCUCGAGUAAUGUGGCUCAACGCAGACCGCUUCCACCUUAUGCCAAACAGCAGCAGGCGUUACAACAAGCAUAUUACAAUUACCGCAAACCUGCCGUAGUUCCUCCCAGACCGAGAGCUCAGUUGCAUCCACAAGCAUUAGCUCAGGUCGAAGCUGUAGCGCAAGUUCAAGCAGAUGUCGAGGCACAGCAUCGUGCUGCGGCAUUGCAGCAGGCUCGCGGCCCGUCCGGAGCAUCCACGUACCAAGUAGAGUCUUACACCUCACCGAAAUUAGGCACUUUUGAGCAAGAAUUACUACAAUUAGUAUCCGCCAAUCAGGCUCAAGAGUUUAAUCUAAUUCCGGCACAGUCUAAAGGAGAUUAUUCACAACAAGGAUAUAUAAAAUCGACAGUAGCACCGGCGUCUCCGCAAUUACCCGAGCAAUAUCAUAUUGAGACUAGUCCUCCCCCUCGUUAUCCACCGCAGCAACAUAGAGUUGCAGCGACAUACCAGUCGAUUGAACAACCAGUUCAGCUUCAAUAUCAAACAGCGCAAGCAGCAGAUUACGCGACAAAGAAUGUUCAACCUUUUAGACCGUCCCCGCAAUAUGAUUAUGUAGAUGACGGUGCACAGCUAAAAACCCAUCAAGCGCAAGUUCAGGCUAAUACUGAGGAGAAUGCCAGGGCUCAGGCCCAUGCUGAAGCGCAAGCCUUAGCUUUCCAAAAGAUCGCCCAGGCAUCGUAUCAGAAACAUCACGAGGCUGCUCUGGAACAAAUCAGAAUUGAUCACGAGAGAUAUAGACAGCAGCAAACCGCUUUAGAACAAAUUCAACAAGGAGAUCACGUCAGCGAAGCCGGACGAGCUCAUAUCGAGGGUCGACUGGAACCAAAAGAUCCAGAGGCUGCUUAUAGAGCCAAGUUAAAGGCACAGGCAGCUGCUGAAGCCGCUGAGGCCAGAAGACUUCAAACAGAUGCUGAAUAUAAGGCUCAUGCCGAAGCUAUACGCCAAGUCGAAGCUCAGCAACAUGCUCAUGUAAAAGCCCAGGAAAAGGCUCAUCACGAUGCUUUAAAUUUUGAGAGAAAUCAAUUACGUGCCCAAGCCCAAGCACAGGCGCUGGCACAGGCUCAGGCCGAAGCUUUGUAUAAAGUAUAUCAACAGUCACGCGCCAAAGCUAACAGCGAGAUUCUGGCAGCCGCCCGAGCCCAGGCUGAGGCUAAGAAAGUAGAUCCCGACGGCACACCAGUCAUUCAGUACCUUCUACCUAAUACUCCCAAACUUCCGUCUCCCAAUAAUUAUUUUACCAAUGACGACGUAAACAAGUAUCAGGUUUCCGGCUCCACCUAUGCUCCUAGAUCAGUAACUAAGCCAGAGUCUACUACUACAUCUACCAACCGUGAUUCCAGGGUUGAAGAACAAAUUUAUAUUCAACCUGUUAUCAAUCAACCUCGACAAGUGCACAAACUGAAGGUUACACCGACUCAAUCCUCCGUCUACAUUUCUCAGUCUGGUCUCUUGAAAAAGUCACCCAUCAAGUCUCUCACUAUCGAGGAAAUUAUCGAUCAAGAUCAAGCAAACAAUCCUCAAGUUGUACGUAUACCCUCGUCUAAAAAUCAACAACCUUUGAAUCAAGAAGAAUUGUCUGCCCUGAUUAAUGCCGGUUAUAGCGUUACUCCGAUACCUCAAACAGUUAAAUCAACACAGCAAAGCUACAUGCCGGAAAAUACCUCCGCCGUUUAUUACUUGAAGAAACAACGGCCAGUAGCUAGGCCUGAAUAUGUCGCGUAUGAGGAGGUCAUACAGCGAUCGCGAAGACCCACUAGAAAGAAUACAUCUGAUCUCAAAGAGGACAAUAUCAAUACUAAUGAAAAGAUUACUUAUUUAGUUCCCUUGGAGCCCAGUUUUGGUACAAGACAACCGUCAUUUAAAAAUAACGAAUAAUAGUCGCGUAGACUUUCUUGUCGUCAAAAAAUGAUAGCAAAAUAUUAGAAACUUUCCGAAAAUGUUAUUUUUCUUCUAAAUUUGUUUGUUUUGUAUCAUGUAUAAUACUAUACCCGAUUUUUUAUCCAAUCUCAUAAAUAGUAAGUAUAUACAUGAAAUCGCUCAAGAAAAUAUUCCUUAUGAGAGAAUUAUUUAAAUUUCCUUGCUUUUUCUUUUUAAUUUUUAUGAUUUGUGAAUUUUUAGGCGGUUGCACGAACAAAUUUUCAUAUCAAUUUGUUAAUUUUCUUCACUAUUUUGCGACUAAUAACUUUUUUAAACCUAUUUUCAAUGUUUUCUUAUUUAGUCUAUAAACUUAUUGUCAGUAAAGAAAAAAAGAAAAUGUUCCGUUUGUGUACACAAUUUAUGCAUAAACAUUUUGUACACAAUUUUGAUCCUGAACAUUAAUAAUAUUUCCUUGAUAAUAGAUUUUAUCAAUUAUAUUAUGGAUAAAUUAUAUUAAAUUAACUAUAUUUGCAUCUGUUAAAGAGUUGAAGAAUGGAAAGCAGAUUUAUGCUGAUUUUAUAAAAUAAAAUAAAUUAUAAAAUUACAUCGAAUAUUUUACAGUAGAUUAAAAAAUCAAAGUAGCACUCAUGUAUAAGAGAAAAUGCAGAUAAGUUUAUUUUAUUGUACAUUAUUAUAUAAUAAUUGGCAUAUAAUCGGAAGUAUUUUGUAAUUUAAUGUUACGCAAGAUUGUUAGAAAUUUAUUCGUGUGACGGUAUUGAGUCGAAUAAUUUUAUUAAUUUAUAUACUUUUUGUAAAUAUGUAGUAGAAUUUUAGCUAAUAAAAUUUUUUUUAAAUUUUGCUUUAUAGUACACAUGAUGUCUUCCAUUUUCAAAUAUUUAUCAAUACGAAAGAAAACGAAGUACUGCUUGCUAUGAAAUCUUAUCUUUUUAUUCAAAUUACUUACAUUGCCUAAAUACACAAUAGGAGAAAGGUUAAUUUAAUAAAUUAAUUUUAUCGUGUAGUAUUUAGUAAAUUAAUUAUU